AUGGGGGACGCUGGGGGCGCCGAAAGAGGCAUUCGCAUUGCCAUUGACCGAGGAGGCACGUUCACGGACUGUGUGGGGAAUCCGGGAACGGGGCGGAUGGACGAUGAUAUUAUCAUCAAACUUCUGUCGGAAGACCCCUCGAACUACGACGAUGCACCCUUGGAAGGCAUCCGAAGGCUCAUGUCGAAGUUCACGGGUCGAGAGAUCCCCCGCGGCGAACCACUUGACACAAGCAAGAUAGAAAGCAUUCGCAUGGGCACGACGGUUGCCACCAAUGCGUUGCUGGAGCGAAAAGGAGAGAAAAUGGCCAUGGUCGUCACCAAGGGAUUUAAAGACUGCUUAGAAAUUGGCAACCAGUCCCGCCCGAAGAUCUUUGACCUAGCAAUUCGAAGACCUGACGUACUCUAUCAGAAAGUUGUCGAGGUUGACGAGAGAGUGACGCUAGAAGACUACGCGGAAGAUCCUGAACGGCACAAGACAAAGGCCGAAACCGGUCACGAAGAUUACAAAAACAGCGCGCUUGUCCAAGGCUUGUCCGGGGAAGCCGUCAGAAUACUAAGGAGACCCGAGGAAGAUAAGAUCAAGGAGCAACUCAAAGAGCUCUUCGAUGAAGGGUUCCGAAGCAUUGCCGUAUGCUUGAUGCAUGGCUACACGUUUCCCGAUCAUGAAGCAUUGGUCGGCAAGCUUGCCCGCGAUACUGGUUUCGAGCACGUAAGUCUGAGCCACGAACUGAUGCCCAUGAUCAAGUUGGUCCCUCGAGCCACGUCAGCUUGUGCAGAUGCCUACCUCACACCAGCCAUCAGAAAAUACAUCUCUGGCUUUCAAGCCGGCUUUGAAGGCGGUCUGGGCACCGAGAGCGUGAAGAAGGAAGAGGGUGAUAGAGGUGCAAGGUGUGAAUUUAUGCAGUCAGAUGGAGGUCUCGUGGAUGUAGACCAGUUCUCUGGCCUGCGAGCAAUCUUGUCAGGACCAGCAGGUGGUGUCGUUGGGUACGCGUUGACAUCAUAUGAUCCAGAGACCAAAACCCCUGUCAUUGGGUUCGAUAUGGGCGGUACGAGCACAGACGUCAGUCGAUAUGGUGCAGGGCGAUAUGAGCAUGUGUUCGAGACCACCACGGCAGGAGUCACCAUUCAGUCCCCUCAGCUCGAUAUCAACACAGUCGCCGCGGGUGGCGGAUCCCGGCUGUUCUUCCGAAAUGGCCUCUUCGUCGUUGGGCCAGAGUCUGCCGGUGCCCACCCAGGGCCGGCGUGCUACCGAAAGGGCGGUCCGCUCACUGUGACCGACGCAAAUCUCUUCCUUGGUCGACUGCUCCCAGACUUCUUUCCCAAGAUUUUCGGCAAAAACGAAGAUGAAGGGCUCGAUCCAGAAGCCAGCAAGAAAUUGUUCGAAGAGCUCACAAAUGAAAUCAACAGCAAGACGAACAAAAACAUGUCUGCCGAUGAGGUGGCGUACGGAUUCAUCAAGAUUGCCAACGAGACCAUGACGAGACCCAUUCGAUCACUGACUGAGGCGAGGGGACACGAUACCUCCCAACAUCGGCUCGCGACGUUCGGCGGGGCGGGAGGCCAACACGCCGUAGCAAUCGCUGAAUCCCUGGGCAUCAGGCAGAUUCUGGUCCAUCGAUACUCCUCUGUCCUCUCUGCUUACGGAAUGGCGCUCGCCGACGUGGUGGACGAAAAUCAAGUCCCCGAAUCUCACGUCUGGGACAUGAAAAAGGGCUCCUCUCGCGACGAGUUAAAGGCAAAGAUGAACGAGCUCAAAGAACGUUCCCGCAAGCGCUUAAAGGAUCAGGGCUUUGGAGACGAUUCGAUCGAGUACGAAGAAUACCUCAACAUGCGAUACCGCGGCACGGAAUCCGCGCUGAUGGUGAUCAAGCCCAGCGCCGAUGAAGCGAAGGAACUCUACGACGGCGACGACUGGGCCUUUGGCGAUGCAUUCGUACGCCAGCACGAGCAGGAAUUCGGCUUUACCCUCCCAGACAGAGACAUCAUCAUCGACGACGUGCGUGUGCGCGGGAUAGGGAAGUCCUUCCGGGGUAUGUCCAAAACAGCAGACCAACAACUCAAGGAAAUCACUCCGAAAGACGUGCCCGAAGACAAGGCCUACACGACAUCCGAGGUCUACUUUGAAGGCGGCCGUGUUCCCACAAAGAUCUACAAGCUCGAAGAUCUCGAGGUGGGCACACGUAUCCCUGGUCCGGCUAUCAUUGCGGAUGGGACGCAGACAAUCAUCAUCGACCCCAAGGCUUCGGCCCUCGUCAUCGAGACACAUGUCGUGAUCAACAUUGGUGAAGAGGGGACCGCGAAGAAGGUGAACACGAAGGAGGUUGACCCGAUCUUACUCUCGAUCUUCGCGCACCGCUUCAUGGCCAUCGCAGAACAGAUGGGUCGCGCGCUGCAAAAGACCUCGGUGAGCACGAACGUGAAAGAACGCCUGGACUACUCCUGUGCCCUCUUCGACGCCGAGGGAGGUCUCGUCGCCAACGCUCCUCACCUGCCGGUCCACCUGGGAAGCAUGUCGACCUGCGUCCGCACGCAGGCGGAGAUCUGGAAGGGCAAACUGAAAAGGGGGGAUGUGAUCGUGUCCAACCACCCCGAGUACGGCGGCACGCAUCUUCCCGACAUCACGGUCGUGACGCCGGCCUUUUCUGGCGACAAGAUCAUCUUCUACGUCGCCUCGCGCGCCCACCACGCUGACAUAGGCGGCAUAUUACCCGGCAGCAUGCCUCCACACUCCCGCGAACUAUACCAAGAAGGUGCCGCCAUCAAGUCCGAGAAACUCGUCUCGCAGGGCAAAUUCGACGAGAAACGGAUCACCGAGCUUUUGUACGAAGAGCCGGCCCAGUAUCCCGAGUGCAGCGGCACACGGUGCCUGGCGGACAAUAUCAACGACCUCAAGGCACAGAUCGCCGCCAACCAGAAGGGGAUCAAUCUGAUCAGCGCGCUCAUCGAGGACUACGGCGAGGAAGUGGUCCAGUUCUACAUGCAGAACAUCCAGGACAACGCCGAGCGAUCGGUGCGGGAGCUGCUGAAGCAAGUACACAAACGGUUUGAGGGCCAGCAGCUUCAGGCGAUAGAUCACAUGGACGACGGCAGUCCGAUCUGCCUAAAGAUAAAGAUUGAUCCCGACAAAGGAGAGGCCCUGUUUGACUUUGAGGGCACGGGCCCCGAGGUAUAUGGCAACAUCAAUGCGCCCGAGGCAGUGACUUACUCGGCUAUCAUUUACUGCUUGAGAUGUCUUAUCGACCAAGACAUUCCUUUGAAUCAAGGGUGUCUGAAGCCUGUCGAGGUACGCAUCCCGCCUGGCUGUUUUCUCUCCCCCAGCGAGAAGGCCGCCGUUGUGGGUGGGAACGUCUUGACCAGCCAGCGUGUUACGGAUGUGGUGUUCAAGUGCUUCGAAGCUUGUGCGGCGAGUCAAGGAGACUGUAACAAUUUGACGUUUGGCUUUGGUGGGAACUUGAAGGGUGGGAAGGAGCAGAAGGGGUUCGGGUAUUACGAGACCAUUGCGGGCGGGAGUGGCGCGGGCAAGGACUGGGAGGGCACAAGUGGUGUGCACACACACAUGACGAAUACCAGGAUUACGGACGCGGAGGUCUUUGAGAGGAGAUAUCCCGUGAUCCUGAGGGAGUUUAGUCUCAGAGCGGGCAGCGGUGGAGUGGGUCAGCAUAAAGGGGGAGAUGGCGUGAUUCGAGACAUCGAGUUCCGCAUCCCUGUCCAGGUCAGUAUCUUGAGUGAGCGGAGAGUGUACAGGCCCUAUGGUUUGCACGGCGGAGGUGAUGCUCAAUGUGGUAAGAAUAUCUGGGUCAGGAGGAUCAAGAAGGAAGAGAGCAGAGGCCUCGGAGGUGAACAUGAAGGGAAACGAAGGGAAUCUGAGGACGUCGAUGAGUAUGUGGAGAGGUAUAUCAAUCUCGGAGCAAAAAACACUGCGAGCAUGCAGCCUGGCGAGAGGAUCAUCGUGAUGACACCUGGUGGUGGCGGGUACGGCAAGGCGGGCAAAGAGUCCCAAGUCCAGCUGAAAGAGGACUAUGAGAAGCACUGGAAGAAGGGCAGCCUGGCUUCCCGCCUGGCAGAAUGGGAGUCCAGCUCUUGA